AUGGUCCUGCGCAUCUACCUCAUUCCCUAUGAUUUGAGUGGAGUAAAAGGUGUUUUAAAAAUCCGGAAAGACAACGUACUCAUCCCAGCAAGACGGUUGAUGCGCAAUCUAUUACCCAGGAUAUCCAAGGAUGUUGAGAAGUGGUAUGGCAUGGAACGGGUGAUGGUGGAUGACCCUUUGAUCCCUCAUUCGUCGGAUACUCGUACACUGGCCGAUAUCUACACCGAUUUAGCAUCUCCUCGCCCAAUUCCCGUAAAAGGCUACGGCGAAAUUGCCAGUCGUCUGCUGGAUUUUUCAGACGAUCUUGAAGGAUUAGGAAUGCGGAGCAGCCUAUAUCGCUAUCAGCGUCGGUCGGUCGCUGCUAUGCUGCACCAUGAAAUAAAUACCGACACUAUACCGGACCCACUUUAUAUACCUCUCAAAACAGUCGACAACAAAACUUUCUUUUUCCAACCAGGGACGAUGGAAGUUAUCGUUGAACGUCAGGAAACUGAUUCAUUUAGAGGAGGUAUCUUAUGUGAAGAACUAGGUACUGGGAAAACUGUCAUGAUUCUUAGCCUCAUUGUCGCAACACGAAACCAGAUUUCCUCUCCAGAACCAACCAUAAUUGACAAUCGACCCAUAAUGACUCCUCUUGCUUUGCGACACUUUCCAUCUGAUGUUUUCGCCUCGACGCGGAAACAAAUAUCCUCACAGAAAUCACCAGCGGAACCAACAACCAUUCCCACUCUCGUAGAAUUGAUGUUACAUAAAGCCCGCACAAGCCCAAAUUGUACCAUACCCACUGAUAUCACCAGCAAAAGGUCGAGUCGGCUAGCUGAAAAGGAAGAAGAAGUAGAGAUCUUGCCGGUGGGAGAAAUGCUGAAGGCAAACGUCCCAUUUUAUUUUCAACACAUGGUAGAGCCUAGCAAUCGCGAACGAACACAACGACGGAAUAAAGACCUGCGGCCUCGGAUCAUGUACUUGACGUCGGCGACCCUAAUCAUUGUUCCUGCGAACCUAUUGAGCCAAUGGGAUCGAGAAAUCAUCAAGCAUUGCGAUGUCCCUUUACGAGUGUUGAUCUUGAGGGCGAAGACGCCUGUACCAAUCGUACAGAGCCUUGCAACAGAUUAUGACAUUAUUCUAAUGAGCUAUACCCGGUUCACCACAGAAGCUAACAACGCUGACGUCUCCAAACUUCACACCGACACUGUCUGCACAUGCCCUGAAAUUCCAGGCUCCCGUGUUCCCAGAUGCAGCUGUCAAAUACCCAAUGUAUCGCCAUUCCUUCAAAUCCGGUGGAAGAGACUGGUAAUCGACGAAGGUCACGUCUCCUCAUCGCUUUCCACACACCUUGUACCGUUUGUACAACUUUUGAGUGUUGAAAGGAGAUGGAUUGUGACGGGCACACCCACAACUAACCUACUGGGACUUUCUCUGGGAAGCAAAUCAGUUGAAGAGAUGGAUGUAAAGAUCAGCAUUUCUGAUGUCAUGGAGAAAGAUGAAGAUCCGACGCCAAGCUCGACCAGGUCAUCUACACCACAUCGCACUGAUUCAGACGAAGGCAUGCUUGAAUCUCCAUCAGAAGCAGACACCAAUCAUUCUAGUAUGUCUCUCAGCGAGAGCGCUGCGUCGCCACCUUCGUCAGUGCAAGUUACUGGCUCGCGGGUCUGGAAUCGAUACGACAGGGAGGAUCUCAACAAGCUGAGCAACAUGAUAACAUAUUUUAUCGCUGUGCCACAAUUCAACGCAGACAAGAAGCUCAUUCCGACGCAUGUUAUUGAGCCACUGCUCGAUCCGCACGGCCCAAGACCUGGCGCGAUACAGGUUUUGAAUCAGGUUAUGGAGAUGGUCAUGAUUCGACAUAGGAUCGAAGAUGUCGAAAAGGACGUGGUUCUGCCACCUGUAUCGCAAGAAUCUGUUUUGCUUGAUUUGGACCCAUUUGUUAUCAGGUCGUUCAAUGCCUUGCAAGCCAUUAUCACUAUAAAUGCUGUUGAUUCACAGCGAACUGAUCAAGAUUAUAUGUUUCACCCUCGUAACGCUGAGCAUCUCCAGGAUACCGUCAGGAACAUGUCACAAAUUUGCUUCUGGCACAUCGACGAAAACCUCUAUAAUGCUAGGGAUCUAGUGCGUGAUGCCGAAAUAAUUACGAAGAGGGCAGAAGACAGGAAUAUGCCUCCUAGUGAUAUUUCGGCUCUCAAACUCGCAUUCGAUCACCUACGUAAUGCAUUGUCUGAUUCACUCUGGGUGUCAAUGCAGACUCAUGAAGAUGUUCCAUACCGUGUUUACAAUCUCCCCCAACGUAUUUUUAAUGCUUGGACUCGCACUCCAGGUCAGGAACCGGGAUGCCCACCUAACCAAAAUGGUUUCAUGCACGCCGACAGACUGCUCAAGCUCCAUGACAUGGUCGUCAACAUGCCCCUAAAGUCACGCUCAGAAGACGCGAUCGUUGAAUUGGGCGGUGUUACUGCUCGCCGUGAUAUGUUUAUUCGACAACAGUACGAAGAAUCACAGAGACGGAAGAAUAAAGGUCAUAAGCGGAAAAGGUUUAGCGACGAGGCACCGGGCUCGGGAAGCCAGCUGGCGAGCGACUUUGGGAAGAAGGCGUCUGCGGCGGAUACACUGAAGGAGAUGCAGAUGGAGCUGGAUGCGACCCUGGAGAGGAUAAGGAUGGAGGAAGAAAAUGACGGGGAUGCACACGGAUCGUUGCCAACGGUACCUUCCCGUGAAAAUGGGCCUCACAUCGUCUCUUCGCUUGUGGCUUCUUCACCUCUUGUCAAACUGCACAUUGGCUCCUCAGCCUCAUCGAAGCUGAACUUCAUAAUAAAUGAGGUUCAGCGAUAUUCACCGACUGAAAAGUUCCUAAUUUUUUCGGAAUCUCCGCUUUCGUUGGCUCAUGUCGCUGAAUCUCUGGAGCUCAUUGGCGUCAAAUUUUUGCGAUUUACUACCCAAGUAAACCCACAAUUUCGUGAACAGCUGGUGUUGACUUUUGAGACAUCGGAAACGUACCGAGUCUUCUUGAUGGAACUAAAGCAUGGCGCUCGUGGCUUGAACCUGAUAUCCGCGUCAAGAGUCAUCUUUUGCGAACCUGUAUGGCAAGCAGAUGUAGAGAGUCAAGCCAUUAAGCGUGCGCAUCGAAUAGGCCAAACACGUCCUAUAUCAGUGAAAACCCUUGCAAUCCGAGGAACGGCCGAAGAAAACAUGGUGGCUAGGCGCACCAUUCUUAAGGACAGCCAUGAAAAGCUUCCAAAAGUGAUCGAGGAAGCCGGCAUGAGACAUUACAUAGCUAACCCAAAGUUCAUUUCUCGACCGCCUGUUUUAACACCGAUAAACGCCUUCCCAUUGAUUCACCUGCCUCCGGAGUUUGAUGAACCGCGUUUUCCUGUACUUACGAUACGAUUACCUGCGCGGCCCAAGGUAUCGCCCUCUCUCAAGCGUGUACGUGUUGAGGACCCAAUUGAGGAAGAAACAACCCCUUCAACCCCUGGGCCUGCCAACAUGUCAGACGACGGCUCGCCUAAGAAGAAAAAGAAGACGAUACGAUUCGCCUUACCCUGA